GGUCAGCCAACUAAUACUUCAUUUCCUUCUCCUUGCGUCUCUUAACUUAGAAGAACGCUUUCCUUUUUCCUUCUGUCCUUAAUUUUUGUUUCUGAAUCUCUCGUUGGUGAAUAUCAAUCACCCGCCGAGCAAGCCGCAGUAGCUAUGAACUUGGUGAAUAAUGAAUUGUCGUUUUUUACUCUUCAAAUUUAUCUUUUCUCUAUUCAUCUCUUCUGCAUCUCAUUAAUUUGAGAAAAAGGGAAAGGGGAAGAAGAAUCUGGAUAUGGUUGGGUUUAUCAGAUUCCGUAUCAUUUUCUCUGCAAUAGUCCCUGUAAGUUCACCUAUUCAUAUCCCAGUUAUUGCUUCGACUAGAUUUUCUCAUUGUGGAACCACAUUGGGUUUUUGGUAUCCUGCCUGUGCUUAUUCUUCCUCUUCGUUGGUGCCUAGAAGAGCGGGAAACAAUGUUGCUAUUUUCUGGGAUUUGGACAAUAAGCUACCAAACUCUUUGCCUCCAUAUGAUGCUGCUGUUAAACUAAAGACCGCGGCUUCUGCAUUUGGUGUUGUUCGAAGUAUGGUGGCCUAUGCCAAUCACCAUGCUUUUAGGUAUGUCCCUCCUGUGGUUAGAGAGCGAAGGAAAGAGAGGAAGGCACUGGAUCAGUUGGAGAAAAGAGGGUUGGUUAAACCGGCUGAACCUUAUAUAUGUCGAGUUUGCGGGAGGAAAUUCUAUACUAAUGAUAAACUUGUUAAUCACUUUAAGCAAAUUCAUGAACGGGAACAGGUGAAGCGGUUGAAUCGGUUGGAGUCAGCAAGAGGGAAAAGGAGGGUGCAGUUAGUAGCUAAGUUUUCGAUGAAGAUGGAAAAGUAUAAGAAUUCUGCUAGGGAUGUUUUAACCCCAAAGGUUGGUUAUGGUCUUGCAGAUGAAUUGAAAAGGGCAGGGUUUUGGGUUCAGACUGUGUCAAAUAAGCCCCAAGCAGCAGAUAAUGCAUUGAGAAAUCAUAUGGUGGACAUGAUGGAUCGCAAGUUGUUUGAAUGUUUAGUCCUUGUAUCAGAUGAUUCUGAUUUCGUCGACGUUCUGAGGGAAGCGAAACUUAGGUGUCUCAAGACUGUGGUCGUUGGUGAUAAUGAUGAUGGGGCUCUUAAAAGAUGCGCUGAUUCAGGGUUUUCAUGGAAGGAAGUAAUUUUGGGGAAGGCAAAGAAGGAGGCCGUAUCAGUUGUAGGACGUUGGAAGGACCGUGAGGUCUUGAAGAGACUUGAAUGGACGUAUAGGCCUGAAUUAGAGAAAAAAGAGGUUAACCUUGACGACUCUGAAGUUGAGAGUGAGGGUGUGAACAAUGAAGAUAUUUUUUCUGACAAAAAUGAUAACUCUGAGCUAAAAGAAAAGUCUGAGCCUUGGUGGAAGCUGGACUCCAGUGAUGAUGAUAGUGCAUCAAAUUCUUUUUAAUGAUUUUCGAUUUCAUCUCUUACUGACUUUGUAACAUUGUCAAGUUCAUAUCAUAUUCUUAUUUGUGAGUGAGGACAACUAUGCUGUGACAACUUUUUCUUUUUUUCCCCAUAUGCCAGUGCAAUGAGAAGCAAUUUUUUCUUAGUGUCUUUGGU